AUGUCCAACAGUAUGAAGCCCUCAGGAGAGGCCAAUAAGGCCGGGAAGCGCAAAGGGACCAGGAGUGUAUCUACACUUACUCCUUCGCAGCUCGCUCGAAAGCGUGCCAACGACAGAGAAGCUCAAAGAGCAAUUCGUGCUAGGACGAAAGAACAUAUUGAAAGCCUUGAGAGAGAGAUAGAAGGGCUCCGCAGCCAUCAAGACCGAGAUCAAACUAUUCAAACUCUCCUCCGGAGAAAUAAAACCUUGGAAAAUGAACUUCACCAUCUUAAAGAAAGCAUGGGUAUUCGUACUGCUAACACAAACGAACAAUACCACCACGGUAUGCACCCCAUAUUAUCUUCAGCGUACGAUUUAGCAACUAAACGUUUCACAGUUUUCAACAGUUCUAGCCCUCCUGGAUCCCAUUCCUUCGGACAGUCUGGACCCAGCUUUCCCGUGAUGCAAAACAUAUCUUAUAACAAUAUUCCCGAUACUACAGAAGGUUGGCCAGCAACCGGGCCAUGUUCCCUCCCAUCUACAGCCUCUAGCCCUGUCUCCUCCGUUGGUACAGACGAUUUUGGAGGUAAUUAUAUUCCUAGUGGUGCUCCCACCACAGUAUAUGAGCGGUCUAGCAUACCCCCGAAUGCACGCUCUCCUACAAUAUCUUGUGUCAAUGGCGAGGGUACCUUUGACGAUUCGAAGCCUGGUAUGUUUCCGACUCUGAUAUAG